AUGGCACGAGUCACUACUGCUCUUGUUGUCAUUGCCUUUUCCGUCGUUUUUCCGAGCAUGGUUCUGGCAACAGAAUAUGUUGUCGGAGAUGAUCUAGGCUGGGACGGAACUGCUAAUUACCAAGCUUGGGCUGAUGACCAUGCUUUCCAUGUUGGAGAUGUCUUAAGUGAACACAACGUUCUUUUAGCGGCUGAUCCUCUAGGGAUUGAUACUUGUGUUUCAUCUCCAAGCUUAGGUGUGUACGACAGUGGCAAUGACGCAUUAACCUUGAGCGUUGCUGGAACCUACUACUUCUUAUGUGGAUAUCACUGCGAUACACUUCAGCAGACGUUCUUUAUCGUUGUGGGCUAG